UCGACAAGUGACAAUUGCCUCAAAGAGUCGCGCGCGAAUAUGAAACAAACAAAUUAAGUGAAUCGAAACAAGAAUUGAGUUAAAUUUGAGUUAAACGAAACGAAUCAUUGAAUAAUUGAAUAAUCGAACUUCGAAUAGCGCGAAAUGGCGCAAAAUACGCGCAACUCGGAUCUAUCGCAGAUCGCGGUAAAUGCCAACAAUAUACCCGAUGACAGCGUCGACUGCGGCAUUAAGGGUUUGGGCUGGUGUCGCGGCCCCGGCUGCCAGCAAUACGCCCGUUUGCGCACCUUCACCGUAGUCCUGCUCAGUUCCGGGCUGCUGCAGGGCGCCUGCGAGCUUUACUUCCGGGUCUCGGCCAAGCAGGCCGCCUUCCAGCACGGCUACAAUCCCCUCCUAGUCGAUUGGCUUUUGGUCAGCAGUGGAUUAUUCCAGGCGGUGUUCGCCUUGGCCUUCGCCUAUUGGGCGGACGUCUAUCAUCCGAUCAAGUGGCUGGUGGGCACCCUGAUGCUGCAGUCGGUGGCCUGUGUGAUUACAGUGAUACCCGCCAUAAUGAACUUUGCUGAUGGUGUUCAGUCGCAGGACGCCUUGGUGGAUGCGAAUCUGUGCGCCACAUCGCUGGCGCAGUUCCAGAAGCUCACCUUAACCGAGUCGCAGAGCAGCAAUUUGACCCUGGUGCUGCUCUUUGUGCUCCAGCUGGCCCUGGGCAUGGGCUCCCUGGCGUACUACACGCUGGGCGUCAGCUACAUCGAUGACAACUCGCUCUCGCAGGACAGUCCCGCCGUAAUUGGCGUUGUGCUCGCUGCCCGUGCCUUUGGCCAGCAGGUGGGCUCGUUUCUGGUGCUGGGCGUCGGACUCACCCAUGUCGGUUGGUGGCUCGGCUGGAUUGUGCUGGCGCCGUUGAUCUUUGUCGGAGCCGUGCUGCUGGGCCUGUUCCCCAAGCGGCUGCCCAAGACGGUCAUCCAUCAGGCGGCGCAGCGCAUCAUCGAGCAGUCGAACAUGCGCACCUUCGGCAGCCAGUUCUCCACCUACAUGGACGACACGGACUUCUGGCCCUCGCUGAAGCGUCUCUUCAAGAAUCGCCUGCUCAUGUGCAAUCUGCUGGCCAUCAUGUGCCUGCAGAGCGCCGUGCUCAACUUUGGCCUGCAGGAGGAGAACUACAUGCAGAGCCGCUUCUUUCUGCCCUACAACGAACAGGAUGGGCUCACCCAGGAGUGGAAGGCCGCCUUUGUCUCGUACUUUCUGCGCCCGCCCGUCAUGGCGGUGGGCAUGCUGAUUGCCGGUCUGAUCAUCUCGAAGGCGCAGCUCUCGGCGCGCACCAUAACGGGCAUUGGCAUCAGUCUGGGCCUCCAUCUGGUCGUCAUCUAUGUGGGCUACGUGUUCAUCAACUGCGACGUGGGCGCCAUUGCGGGCGUCGUCGGCGGCAAGCUGACGCAGCCGUAUUGCGCCAGCCAGUGCCUGUGCACGCCCACCGCCUUCAUGCCCGUCUGUCCGGAGAACAGCAGCAUCACCUACUUCUCGCCCUGCUAUGCCGGCUGCACCAGGCGCAGCGCCAUCAACAGCUUCGAGCUGUACGAGGGCUGCAGCUGCCAGGGCGAUCAGACAAUCAAUUCGGCGGGCAGUACGCGGGCCACGCCUGGCGCCUGCAGCGCCGACAAUUGCGAGAAGACCAUCAUCAUCUUCCAGAUCCUCAGCAUAUCCGCCGCCUUUCUGCUGGGCAUGGCCGUCAUUGGCAAGACCUUGAUUACGCUGCGCGCUGUCCUGCCGCAGGACAAGACGCUCGCCUUGGCCUUUGAGCUGAUGCUCGUCGGACUCUUUGCCUAUGUGCCCGUGCAUCUCAGCUACGAUCUGGUCACACGCACCACCUGCGUCUAUUGGGCGCCCAACUAUGAGCGCUGCCUGCUGCGCGAGACGCCCAAGCACGGCAACAUACUGGACAUACUGACAGCCUCGCUGAUCCUGGCCAGCGUGCUCUUUGACAUACUGGUGUACAUCUUUGCCAAGGGAUUGAACCUGUACAACUGCAAGGUGACGGACAACAAUUACACGCCCUCGUUGUAUGCGCCGGUGCCGCAUGAGGAUUCUGGCUCGGCGCCCGCCUCGACUGUGCUCGCUCGAGGUGGCAGUCCCACGAUGACGACGACGACGACAGCUGCCUCCGGCUCGCCCAUGCAGCGACGCGAUGCGCCACACGAAGCCGUCGAAGCGCGCCACCAAGAGGCGCCCAUCUUUCGGCAGCCCAGCUCGCUGACCGAAUCCUCGGGCGCACAGAGCAUCGUGGAGCCGAACGGCAGCGGCGUGACCUACGCCCAGGUUGUCUUUCCGCCGGACAAGCGCAAGCCCGACGAUGGCAGCACCAGUCCGAAGCGCCUGGCGGUGCCCGCCAAUGUGCCGCUGCAUCAUCUCUCCGAAACGGAUGUGCGCGCCCAGCUCGGCACCCUCAAAUCCUUCAAUCCCGCCAAGCCAGCCCCGGCGGAGCCACAGCCGGCCGUGGGUCACGAUGUGGCAGGCAAUGCGGAUAUGAUUGCCCAGCAACCGCUGGCAGGCCAACAAGCAACUGCGCCCGCUGAAGCCCAACCGGAAGUCCGACCCCAAAGCCCGGAUGCCAGACCCCAAAGCCCGGAGACGGACUUCUAAAGUGGCCGAUCAAAUAGUUUCUUUAUCUUCGAUUCUUAGACAAUAGUUUUUGUAUAUUUUUUGUAUGAGUUUGUUCGCCCUCUUCUGUAUUUUUAUCAUUUACAUUUGAUUAUUUAUAGCAUUUAUCUAUAUCAACUAAACUGUUUAUCCUUACUGACUGAA